UUCACGGGGUGUUCUGUAGAUGAGUCAUAUUCGCUGGACAUUUCUUUUUCUUCAAACUCAAACAUUGACCCAUUUCAUCUGUAUUGGUGACUGCAUGACAAAAGGUUACAUAACUCAAUUGUUGGUUGAGUCGCUGGGUCUGAAAGCCUUUCCCGACAAAUCGAAAGUUAGAGAAACAGAAGAGAGGAGCCAUGGAGAUGCAGGAGAUCCCCAAAGAGGGCGAACGAAGCGAAGAAGAUGAUGGAGCAAGGGAACCGAUGCUGGAGGUCAAAACUGAAGAGGAAGCAGAACCAGACCAUUACACUAAGCUAAAACGCUCGUCUGAGGAUAUCUACUCGGAAGCUGUACAUGGUGGAACUGCGGUUAAAACAAGAUCAGGCAAGCAGACUGAGGGGAACACGCCUCCGUACCGUGCAGCGUGUUUAUUCCUCACCAUAAUCUGCCUGGUCCUGCUGCUGCUCAUCAUUAUCCUCAGUGUGAAACUCCAGACUGGCUCCACAGUGUGCCCGGAGAGAGCGGAAAGUACAGCAGCAGACAGUGGGGGGGCUCCGUUUGCUCCAAAGUGCAGCCACGAGAAGUGCCUGGCUCUAUUACCCAGCCCACUACCCCAACGGCCGGGCAGUUGGCGGUGCGCUGACGGGUCGCUGCCUUUUGGCCGGUCGUGUUUUUACCUGUCCACUUUCAAGCUGAGCUGGGACGAGAGCCAGAGGAACUGCACCGCCAGUGGAGGAGCUCUGCCUGUUGUUACCAGCCAGAAAGUUCAGAAUUUUCUGAUUGCGAAAGGGCAAAUGAUAUACUGGAUCGGGCUGAGACGAAAAGCAGCCGCAUGGACCUGGGUGGACAACACGGUGCUGCAAGAGAGUUACUGGGCAGAAGAACCAGAGGAGGAUUGUGGGAUCCUCAGCACCAGAAACCCGCCUGAGAAGAACUGGCUCACAGCUUCCUGCGAUUCCGUCACGUACUUCAUCUGUCAGAUGACGUUCUGACAGGACAUGGCUCUCUUUUUUUAACAGCGCAAGGAGCAAAACAAUCCCGUCAACAAGCAUCAACUCCUCCGUCGCAUCUAAAAUCAUUUUCUUUCCACUUUAAGAGCUUUUUAGACGAUAGUUUUAUAUUUUGUCAGAUUGUAUUAUGUAUUAUAUAUAUAUAUACUUUUGUGUAAUGUUGUGUUGCCUAAUUUGUAUUCUAACAUGUCAGUUCUGCUUAUAAGCACGAAUCAGGCUACGUUACUUACUGUAUGAUUCUAUUAACUGCUGUCUGACUUUUCCACAAACGAGGGCCAGUAAUUUUGUUUCAA